AUGGCUACUUGUAAACCAUCCUGCCCCUGCAUCUCCCAUCAUGACCAAGACUACGUCGUUUUGUCCAACUCUCCCCGGAAACGACGUCGCACCGCCUGCUCCAUCUCUCUCCUCCUCCUUUCCGGCCUCGUCUACGCUUUUUGGCCGUCAGAUCCAACCGUGAAGAUCGUACGGUUGCAUGUGAAGAACAUACAGGUGCGCACGGUUCCAGUGGUGGCCAUCGACGUGUCUCUGCUACUCACCUUAAAGGUAUCAAACGGCGACGUUUACUCUUUCCACUACACCACUCUUGACGUGGCCGUCGGCUAUAGGGGGAAGACACUGGGCCACAUACGGUCCCACAACGGCCACGUCAGGGCUUGUGGAUCGUCCUACGUGGAUGCUGAGCUGGACUUCGACGGUGUGGAGCUGUUUUCUGACGUUGUCUACAUGCUUCAGGACUUGGCUAAGGGUUCUGUUCCGUUUGAUACCGUUGCAGAGGUUACGGGCCACCUCGGCCUUCUUUUCUUCCACUUCCCUUUGAAGACAAAAGUAGCAUGCGAGGUUGUGCUAAAUACAAUCACUCGAAAAAUUCUCCGCCAAAAGUGCCAUCAGAAUUAGGUGCUCAAGAGGCCCAUUGUGAGGACUACCUAUUGAUAGGUGUAGAAAGAAUUUUCUUGGGUUAUAUAUCUCUCUCUCUCCCCCAAAGAAUGAGCUGGUACAUGCCACCAAAGUAAGCCAACA